AUGAUGGAGGAUCUGCAAAGGAAACAUCGCCAGGAACAAAAGGAUCUUCAGUCAAGAACAACGCAAAAGAAAAAGUCGACUACCAAGAAGACUCGCAAAGGGGUCAACGAUGAAUGUACAGAGCUUGAGAGACAGCUCAAAGAGAAGCACGAUGCUGAGGUAGCUGCUUUGAAUUCUCGUGACCCACCGCAAACGGAGAACGGUGAAAGUGUCUCUGUCAACGGUGAUGAUGAGCCCGUCACUCUCGAGAAGCCGAAAGACAUCAGCGAGUCAAUGAAUGCGAUGUCCGUCUCCGUAACUCCAGCGACCAACGGCCAUGCAAAAAAGCCGAAUCGCCAAAAGGCCAGGCUAGCUCGUCGAGCUGCUGAACAGGAAGCUGUAGCUGAUGAAGCCGAGAAGGAAGCUGCCGAUCUACCAAACCUCCGGGAAAAGGAGAGGAAAGCCAUGCGAGAGGCUUACAUUUCGAGAAGUCUGAAAGAGCAUGAGAUCCGUUCAGAUGGUCAUUGUCUGUAUGCCGCUGUGGCAGAUCAGCUGCAGCAUUCAGAAGUUGGCCUGAAACCAAGAAUUCAAAUUAACUUUACGAAUGACGAGUCUGCAAUUGCUGGCUACAAGAUAACAAGGCGAGUGGCCGCUGCAUAUAUCUCACAAAACCCCGAAGACUUCUCGCCUUUCCUUGAGGAACCUCUUGAUCAGUACGUGACGACAAUCAGAGACACCGGAGAAUGGGGUGGGCAUCUCGAGAUUGUUGCACUGGCAAAGGCUUAUGAAGUCGACAUCAAUGUGCUGCAAGGCGACGGAAAAGUCGAAAAGAUCGAAUGUGGAAUCGACAAUGGACCGAGGACGCUGUGGCUUGCGUACUACCACCACAGCUUUGGACUCGGGGAGCAUUACAAUUCUUUGCGCAAAGCACACUGA